AUGAAUUGGUUCAAUACAAAUCCUUUCACAGACUUCUAUGUUGCAAUUACUCAUCUUAAAAGGGAGAACAAAUUUCCAACAAAUUAUAUGAAUAGUAUCCAUGAUGGUAAAACAAAAAAGUAUUUUGCUGUACCAAUAACAUUUGUAAAGAAUAUUCAUGAUGCAGCAGUUGCUUAUAGUUCAUUAAAUGAACAAGAUAAACAAGAAAUGGAAAAAUUAUAUAAAUUACCUAAAAUAGAUACAGCAUUAGGAUUAAGUGAUGAAAAUGGAUAUCUCAAAGGAGAAGUAAAAGAGAACAUAGAUUAUUUAUUAAUUAGUAAAAAGAAUAAGAAAAUGAUAAAAACACUCUAUGGAUUUUUUGAUGAAGAUAUCAAAUUUCCUAAAUUACCUAAAGUUUAUAUUUAUAAAACACAAGAACAUAUUAUUAAAGAAAGUAUUCCAAUACAUUUAACUGUUGUUUUUCAUUUUAUUGGACUUGAUCAUAAAGAAAAUAAAAGUGAAUAUAUAGGAGAAAUAUAUAAAAAUAUUACUAUUUCAAAAGCAAUUGAGAAAUUACAAAAAGACUUUCAAAUUGAUGUUAACUUUACAAAUUAUAAAGUUAAAGUAAUGAAAAAUGAAGAAGAAGAAGUAGAAGAUUUAGAAAAUAUUAUAUCAUCAAUUCUUAUUGAUUCAAAUGAAUUAAAUAAAGUUCAUGUUCAAAUUAUUGAAAAACAACCAACAAUACCAAAUAUAAAUUAUCCAUAUGAAUCAAAUGUUAGUUCAAAAUAUUCUGGAUAUUAUGGAAUUAGAAAUGAAGAAGAACCAAAUGGAAUAAAAGGUGUUUGUGGAUUACAUAAUUUAGGAAAUACAUGUUAUAUGAAUUCUGCUAUUCAAUGUUUAAUUCAUACAACUCCAUUAGUUCAAUUCUUUCAAAAAGAUGAUUGGAAAAAAGAUAUUAAUUUAAAUAAUCCAUUAGGAACAUCAGGUAAAUUAGUUGAACAAUGGAGUCAAUUAUUAAGAAAAUAUUGGUCAGGAUAUUCUACUAUUUCUCCUAAAGAAUUUAAAUUUGCUAUUGGAGAAUUUGCACCACAAUUUAGUGGAUAUCAACAACAUGAUUCACAAGAAUUAGUAGCAUAUUUAAUUGAUGGAAUACAUGAAGAUUUAAAUCGUGUUUUAAAGAAACCAUAUGUUGAAACACCAGAUUAUAAUAAUGAACCAGAUGAUGAAUGGGCUGUGGCUGAAUGGAAUAGAUAUAAACAAAGAAAUGAUUCAAUUAUUACAGACUUAUUUGCAGCACAACUUAAAAGUAAAGUUAUUUGUGAUGUUUGUCAUAAUACCAAUAUGAGAUUUGAUCCAUAUGUAUUCUUAUCACUUGCAAUUCCAAAUAAACAAAACUCAGUAUCAAUUUAUGUUUGUGAUAAGAAUUAUCAAAAUACUAAAACAAUUAAAAUAAAUAUUAAAGGAAAAAACAUUGAAGAAAUUAUUGAAGAAUCAACAAAAGAUAUUUGUUUAAAUACAAAUCCAAAUAAUUUUGUUAUUGUACAAUUUGGAUAUGAAAAAAAGGUUGAAAAAAUAAUAACAAAUGGUAAAUUAGAAAAAGACAUGGAAUAUGGUAUUAUUGAAAAACAAGACAAUGAAUCUGAUUUUAUUGUUUAUGAUUGUUUAAUAAAAUAUGCUUCAUAUAGACAAUAUAGAAUACCAAUUGUGUUUGGUAAAUCAAUUAAUAAAGAAAUUGUUGAUGAAAAAAUAUUUGAAUUAUUUAAAGAUACUUAUAAAAACAACGUAAAUGCUUGGGACUCAAAAACUAUUCUUUCUAAUAAAAAAAUUCAUGAAGAUGAAGAAGAUGAAGAAGAUAAUAUGAAUAAUAAUAUUAAAGAAAAUCAAAAUAAUGGUACUUUAAUUUUUAAUAAUAAACAAUUAGAAAAAGAACAAGAAGAACAAUUAGAAAAAGAACAAGAAAUUGAAGAAAAAAAAUGGUAUUUUGAAUUUAACGAAGAACAUGAAAAUAUUAUUCAAUGUCAAAGUAUUGAUAGUGGAACAUUUAAAUAUUUAUAUGACAGAGGAUUGUCAUAUCGUUAUAAUCAAAUUGAUGGUGAUCCUGUUACUCUUGAAGAAUGUUUUGAAGCAUUUGAAGUAGAAGAAUUAAUGGAUGAAAAUAAUAAAGUGUAUUGUUCUAAAUGUAAAGAACACCAACCAUCACAUAAAAAAGUUGAUCUUUGGAGUACUAAUCAAAUACUUAUUAUUCAUUUAAAAAGAUUUGGUAAUAGCAAUGGAUAUUCUCGUGAUAAAAUUACUACAUUUGUUGAUUUCCCAAUUGAGUCAUUAGAUCUUACUCGUUUUGUUAAACACUAUGACCCAACAACACCUCCAAUUUAUAAUUUAUAUGGUGUUACUAAUCAUAUGGGUUCUCUUGGUGGUGGACAUUAUGUUGCAUCUGCUCGUGUUGGAAAUGAUUGGUAUGAUUUUAAUGACUCAACCACUUCAAAGAUUGAAGGAACAAAAGAAAAUAUUGUUUCAAAGAAUGCUUAUGUGUUGUAUUACAUUAGAAAAGAUAUUGACCAACAAACAAAUAUCAAUACAGAAGAAUUUACCAAAGAAGAAGGAAAUGAAGUUCAAGAAGAAUUAACACCAGAAAAUGAUAAUGGCUUAAUGAAAGAAAUUUAA